AUGUUGUCAACGAAAGCUUCGUCAUUGUGUCGGCAGUUUUCGACAACUAGUGUACCAUUUGCUAAAAUAAACAAUGUGGCUAUCGUCGGUGCUGGUCUCAUGGGAUCAGGAAUUGCACAGGUUACAGCAGCUGCAAAACUGAAUGUGUCCUUAGUGGACCAGUCUGACGGAAUUUUGGACAAAGCUCGAAAAAGCAUUGACACAAACUUGCGACGAGUUGCCAAGAAGAAGCAUGCUGACGAUAAGACUGCUCAAGAAGCGCUUGUGGCUGGUGCUCUAUCUCGGCUACACACGACAACAUCGCUUGAAAAGGCCAUAAAAGACGCGGAUUUAAUUAUCGAAGCAAUCGUAGAAAAUAUAGAUGUGAAACGGAAGUUGUUCAGUGAAAUCGAGAAAAUAGCGAAGCCAUCAGCUAUUCUGACCACUAAUACCUCGUCACUUCGUUUGUCUGAUAUUGCUAUCAAUCUCAAAGCAAAAAGUCAAUUUGGCGGGCUUCACUUUUUCAAUCCAGUGCCAGUUAUGAAACUUCUUGAGAUUGUUCGUCACGAUGAAAUGUCAAACGAAACGUUUGAAAGUCUCAUGGAAUACGGCAGGAAUAUCGGAAAGAAAACCGUCACGUGCAAAGAUACUCCAGGCUUCAUAGUGAAUCGAUUACUCGUACCGUACAUGUUUGAGGCUUUCAGAAUGGUCGACCGCGGUGAUGCUUCUAUGGAGGAUAUAGACGUGGCGAUGAAACUCGGUGCAGGCUACCCAAUGGGACCGUUCGAAUUGACUGACUACGUAGGCCUUGAUACUACCAAGUUCAUAAUGGAUGGAUGGCAUGAGCGGGAACCAUCACAAGCUCUAUUCACUCCUAGCAAAACACUGGAUAAAUUGGUAAAAGAAGGCAAAUUUGGACGGAAAUCAGGCGAAGGUUUCUACAAAUACACGAAAGUUGACUAG